AUAAAAAUAGCCCUUUUCGCUAUAAUUCUACUUUAAGUUCUUUACAUUUAUUAAAAAACCAAUGUCUGUGUUUAAAAUUGCAGGAAUAUGCGGAUCACUUCGUAAAGAUAGCUUUAAUAAAAAAUUACUUCUUCGUACACAACAAUUAUGUUCUGAACAUAUCAAAGGAGCUACUAUCGAAAUUAUCGAUUGGAGUCAAGUGCCCAUUUAUAAUCAGGAUCUCGAAUCUAAUCCUCCACAAUCGGUACUUGAUUUCAAAAAUUCUCUCGCUGACCAUGAUGCAAUCAUAAUUUCUACACCGGAAUAUAACUACAGUAUUCCGGGUCCAUUGAAAAAUGCAAUAGAUUGGGCAAGUAGGCCCGUUGGCGAUCGUGGGCAAGUAUUUGCGGGUAAGGCUGUAGCAAUAAUAGGUUCCGGUCCAGGUUCCGGUCCAGGUUCUUCGGGUUCUGGACGCGCCCAAUUUGUUUUAAGAAAGUCUUUAGUUUUCUUGGAUAUGGUCCCAGUUAAUAAACCUUUGAUUACGAUUACUGACGCAGGCCAUGCUUUUAAUGAAGAUGGUAGCUUAAUUAAUAAGCAUUUUGAAAAUAAUAUUAUUAAAGUAUUGCAAAAUCUCGUUAAAUUAGGUAAACAAUUAAAAAUUGAUCCAGAAUAAUAUAAUAGCAAUAGUUCCAAAAAUAAUAUUGAUCUUGUAAUUUUAAAAAUCUUCAUGUCUAAAUUACAAAUAAAGUUAUAAUUAUUUAAACGUCCUGCAAAUUUAU